AUGUUUGCUGAUACAGAUGUGCGCAAGCUUUUAGAUAGUGGUAAUAUUGAAUUUGACGGCAGGAGUGAACCCACUUCGGAAUGCGAUGUUUUGUUGCGAAAGAUAGCAGUAGAUAUUAGGAGCGAGUUGCCAACGACAGCGUUAUUACCCUCUGAAACAGUGUGUUGGCCGCAAAGUGGUUUAGAUUCCGAUUGCAGUCGUGAUACUACGGUACAUGUCGAUGCUUUCUUAUACGACGAUGACGAUGUAGAUGAAUUGGUGAAUCAGGGUGCAUUGAGUCGAGAAUACUGUGCGAAAUGUGGUUGCAGGGAAAUCAUGCCCUUAACAUUUAUCUCGCAUUCACUCAGUAUCGAUCAGCUGCGGUUUGCAUUCACUGUAUUAGUUCCUUUAAGUGAGCAUAUGAAAGGUACGUUAAUUGUUGAUGUUGGGUCAAGAUUGGGCGCUGUAUUGUAUGCAGUAUAUAGUUACAGUAGUGGACUGGUGAACGCUAUUGGUAUUGAAAUGAAUGAAGACUUUUGUAAACUGCAAAAAAGAGUAAUUGAAAAUAAUGGGAUGGAGGCAAACGUAAAAGUUAUCAACGACGAUGUUAGAAAACAAGCUAAAGUUGUCAGUGCUGCUGAUGUUAUCGUUUUACACAAUGUGUUUUCAUUCUUUCUUCCACUUGCUGAUCAAACAGAGUGUUGGGAAUUUCUACGCAAAUCCACACGUCCUGGUACUGCAGUCAUAUCAAAUCCUGCUAUUGAAGCAAUCACAGAACAUUUAAUCCUUUCAUUCAGCAUAUCCGAUUGGCUUGAAAAAAUUGAAACCGGUUAUUUGGUUGCACAGUACGCAGGCGUUAACCAAGAUUUGUUUAAUGACUGCGUCAAGUUGACACUUUACAAAGUGAAGCAUCGAGAUGAAGCACGAUAA